AUCGCAUAUAGAGUUGAAAUCUCGUGCAAAAACUGCUAGCAACAUGUUUUGCACAAAUCAGAAAGUCUAAACCUGUUGCUGGUAGCACAUCGAAUAUUUCUCCAAUGGGGUUGCUAGGCUGGCUUCAGGUUUCCCUAUCAUGGGCGUUGGUUUCUUGUGAAGUGAACUGGAUUCAUCUCCAGGAAAUCGACAACAACAUAAUCGGAUGUGACUCCCAGUACCAUCAGCAUAUGAUAGACCAUGUGUUGCGAAAAUCAAAUCCACAAUCAUUGCCUGUUUUCGAGCCAUCCUCAAUCAACGUCACGUUCUAUCUGUUGACUAGUUCAGACCAAAAUACCAGUACAAUGCUGACCACUGGCGAUAUCCAAUCCCUCCAGAAGUCCAGUUUCAACAGUUCUAACCCUACGCGAAUCAUCGUACAUGGAUUUUGCAACUGUCACCUUUCGGAGUUUUGCGUAACGACCCGCCAGAAGCUUCUCGAACAUCCUCAACAGUACAAUGUGAUUACGAUGAGUUGGCCUAGCGGAAAAUGGAUUUGGGACUAUUGGACGGCACGCUGGAGAAUAGUCCCAGCUUCGCAGAUAUUGGCCAACUUCAUCGAUUUCCUGCACAGCGAUGGAGGCAUGAAGCUUCAAGAUCUGUAUUUGGUUGGGCACAGUUUGGGAGCUCACCUUUCAGGAUUGGCUGGUAAGUUAGUCAGUAAUGGUAAAGUUGGAACUAUCGUUGGGUUGGAUCCAGCCAAACCGGAAUUUGACAUAGGGAAACCUGACGAAAGGCUUGCGAUUACCGAUGCCUCUUACGUUGAGGUUAUUCACACCAAUGGCAAAAGGUUGGGCUUGUACGAACCAAUUGGCCAUAGUGAUUUCUAUCCGAACGGAGGAGUUAACCAACCCGGGUGCCUACCAUGGUGGACUGGAGCAUCCUGUGCACACGGACGCGCUUGGGAACUCUACGCGGAAUCGAUCGAGUCCAAGCUAGGUUUCUGGUCAACGUUGUGUUCCAGUUUGGAUAAAGUCAUAGAUACAGGCUGCCGUAGUCCGAAGGCAAAACUUAAGAUGGGCGGAGAUCCUAUCAUUCAGGAGGGGCGUGGAAUAUUGACGGUACAAACGAAGGCGAAGGCUCCCUAUGCGGAAGGGAAAUUGGAGCUUAGUAAUCACAUAUAGGGAUGACAGUAUUUGAAAAAUUAAUUUGAUAUACACAUAACGCUUUGCCAUUCUCGUACAACAAAGUUGUACUGAAAGGCUAUAAACGGUACCACCUAAUAGACAGUAUGGAAAUGCGAGUUAACAGUUAACUACAUAAUAAACGAUACAAAAGAUGUUCGACA